CCUCCUCCGGCGUCUCCAGCCGACUCCCGCUUCCGGUCGGCAGUCGUCUGCGAAAGAGUGUCCCGCCUCUUCCGCUUCUCUGGUGUCAGUGCCGGCGGCGGCAGCGGCGCCUGCGCGUCUCCUGUCAGGGUGAGCAGCCGGGUCCCCUGGGUAGUCCACCUGCACGUCGCGGAGCCGCAUCCCGGGGGUCGAUGGCAAUGAACUAUAACGCGAAGGAUGAAGUGGACGGUGGACCCCCGUCUGCUCCUGGGGGCACCACGAAAACUCGGAGGCCGGAUAACACGGCCUUCAAACAGCAAAGGCUGCCCGCUUGGCAGCCCUUCCUUACUGCGGGCACGGUGCUACCUACCUUCUUCAUCAUCGGCCUCAUUUUCAUCCCCAUUGGCAUCGGCAUCUUCGUCACCUCCAACAACAUCCGCGAGAUCGAGAUUGAUUAUACCGGAAUAGAACCUUCCAGUCCCUGCAAUAAAUGUUUGUCUCCAGUUGAAACACCUUGUAUUUGUACCAUUAACUUCACACUGGAAAAGUCAUUUGAGGGCAAUGUGUUCAUGUAUUAUGGACUGUCUAAUUUCUAUCAAAAUCAUCGUCGUUAUGUGAAAUCUCGAGAUGAUAGUCAACUAAAUGGAGAUCGUAGUGCUUUGCUUAAUCCCAGUAAGGAAUGUGAGCCUUAUCGAAGAAAUGAAGACAAACCAAUUGCUCCUUGUGGAGCUAUUGCUAACAGCAUGUUUAAUGAUACAUUAGAAUUGUUUCUGGUCGCCAAUGAAUCUGAUCCUACACUUAUGCUCAUUCCUUUGAAAAGGAGAGGUAUUGCUUGGUGGACGGAUAAAAAUGUGAAAUUCAGAAAUCCUCCUGGAACGGACAGCCUGAAAGAACGAUUUAAAGAUACAACACAUCCAGUAAACUGGCUUAAACCAGUGUACGAGCUUGAUCUUGAAGAUGAGGAUAAUAAUGGAUUCAUAAAUGAGGAUUUUAUUGUUUGGAUGCGUACUGCUGCAUUACCUACUUUUCGUAAGUUGUAUCGUCUUAUUGAAAGGAAAAAUGAUUUACAUCCAACAUUACCAGCUGGACGAUACUAUUUGAAUAUCACGUACAAUUACCCUGUACAUUCUUUUGAUGGACGAAAACGGAUGAUUUUGAGCACUGUUUCAUGGAUGGGAGGAAAGAAUCCAUUUUUGGGGAUUGCAUACAUCACUAUUGGAUCCAUCUCUUUCCUUCUAGGAGUUGUACUGCUAGUAAUUAAUCAUAAAUAUAGAAACAGUAGUAAUACUGCUGACAUUACCAUUUAAUUUUAUAUUCUGAAAACAAAUCUACUGCAUGUGUAUCAAGGCCAGGCCUAUUCAACCUAAGCUUUGGAACGCUGAUGUCUGGUUAGUAUGUCAUUUUGAAGUUGGCACAUAACUGUUUUUUUCAAAACAUUCUUUGUCCUUUGCUUCUUCCCUAUGAUUGACUUAUGAAAAUAUAUGACGGGUAUAAAAAAAUUAGCUACAUUGAUCAUAUCAGCACUGUAGCUGCUAAAAUGACAUUCUAAUGUUUGCUUUUUAUUGGGACAGGCCACGUGAUUCAUAGAGCCUCUUUCAUGUGAAAUGCAUCUACUGCUUAAUUGUUUAUGCUAUGUUGAUAAUAUUAUAUUGACAUAUGAUGCUGUAUAUGUGUACCUAUGGUGUGAAGAAAGGAAUUACAAGAUGUAUGAGUGUAAUGACUUGCUAACUUUUCAAGAUUCAGAGUUACAGAAAGAUGAAGAAAAAAUCUAAAUAAAACACUUCAUCAUUUUCAUGUGUUGUGUGUAAAGGCUUAAAGUACCAUCUUUGUUGAGGUGGUUCAUGUAUUCAGUUUAAUCUAUUACAGUUCUUUGUUAAGCUUAGCUUUCAUUUCAGAGGACAUGCUUAUUACCUUGCCUGGCAUAGAAAUUGAUGUUCAGUUCUAAAGAGGUCAGGUAGCUCCUGGAUAGGAGAAUUUAAAAUUCCUCUUUUCAUUUAGUUAAAAUGUUGCAGUCAGGAACCCCAACUCACUUGAAAUGUUUAAACAUGAGAUCAUUUCCCUUGAAUGAGAAGAAAGAAUAUGGGUGAAAUCAAAAAACUGCUUGGCAGAUGAUCAUCUUCUGCCUUAAUUGUAAAUCAGAUGAAAAUGUUCAAAGGAGAGUGUUUUCAUUCUUGUGAUAGUAAACAUUUGGAAAAUUACUUCAGCAUUGAAAAUACCUCACAUUGUUCUGAUUUGGCAGGUAAGUGUUUUGACUUGAGUACUAAUACUACAGAAAAUUUUUAAACCUAAUUUCCUCUGUAUUUCAUUCAGUUUUGCAUAUAGGUCAAACGUGAAUGUGUGUACACAUUCUCUUUAGUUAAGAUACCAAUUGGUUGGUUUUCCUAAUACAUUACUUUUAAAAGAUUCCUACUUAAAUUCUAGGGAUUUUGGAGCGUGUACAUGGCAAAUUAUAAUAUAUGAUUGAAGUUAUUUUAUUUUCUACUAACUGGAAUUAUUUUAAUAUUCCUCACUGAAUAAAUGCUGUAAUUUGUUUGGUAUGGAAUUUAUUCUUGAAGUGAAUGUAAACUUAUUUUUCCACAUGCAUGAAAAACUAUGUAUUAAUCAGAGAUGAAUUAAUUGCAUUUAAAUUGCUUUUUUAAUUUUACUAGAAUAACUCAUGUUUAUGUAGAAAAUGCCUGUUUAUUCAGAGUUUGCCAUGAUUUCCUUCAGUUAUAUUUAAAUCAAAAGGUCUGAGUAAUGUAUCAAUUUUGAUUUAUAUGCUUUUUUAAAGAAAACAAAUAAUGUGAUGAUUAACAGAAGAAAUGUGCCACACUUCUUUAAGUUUUUGUAUAACGUGAAAUUCAGUUAAAAGAACUUGUAAUUCAUAGUGACUUUUUUAAAUUAUAAAAAUAUUACUUGCAUGAGUUAUUUGAUGUAUGGUUAUCCUAAAAUUUCUUAGUGCAUAGGGUAUUCUUUAUUUAAAAAUACUCUUUAUGUUGUCAGAAUGUUCUUUAUUCUGAAAAUUGUCUCUGUUGCACGUGGCAGUUAAUUUUCUGGGCUACAUCAUGGGUGGAGGGAGGUUUGUUCAGUCUUUUUAGAUUAAGUCUGUGCUGUUUAAGGAAGACUACUAUCCUGUGUCUUUUGUUCUGACUGGGGGACCAAAGUGGCUGCUAAAGAAAAGUUGAAGAACCCUUCCAACACUUUCAUAACUGUGGAGAAGAUGGAAUCUUAAAAUACAAUUGGAGUUUUAUUCAUCUGACAAGUGCAUUGGUGAUCUUAAGUUCUUACUGUCUCUUGCCCUUUGAGCUCUAAGGAUUCCUGUUACUAAAUAUGAAGAAUAUGAAACAUUCACAUGGCAUCUGCAAAGCAUGAGGGGGAGGGAAAACAUUUCUUUCUUAUAGGCUUUUAUAUUUAUAUUUUGGAAACGUUGAUGUUCUCAAAUUUCAGGUAACUAGGUUAAGGUAACUAGGUUAAAUAGAAGUCUUGGGAAAAUGUAUUAAUUUGCAGGAAGCAUUUUGACAUGAAAAGUUUCCCAAUUGGAGAAAUUAUUCAGUAAGAAAAAGCAAAUUGAAAUCAUAAGGCAGUUUAAGAAAAAACUGGAAAAAAAAACCUAUAUACUACCUAAUAGGAAAUCAGAGAAUUAUUCAUCCAGGAGAAGAGUCAAGUGAAUAUUGUUUAUUGGAUAGUUACAGUUUAUUUGUAACCUUGAUUAUGUUUAAAGAUAACAUUCUGUUACUAUGCUCUGUGUUAAUAAAAAUGAACAAACUUAA